AUGCCUUUCUUUGACAUAUUUUUCAUGAAGUCGACACAGUGUUACAAGCCACUAGCUCGUUUAACCACCUACAGUGGUUCCAUUCAUGCACUUGCAAUUUCUAAUGACGGGUGUAUUCUUGCAGGUGGUGGCACCAAGGGCAUGAAACUCUGGGAUAUUAAUUCUCGCAAGGAACUCGCAUGUGUGUCUCAUCACGAAUCCAGAGGAACAGUCAGCUGUGCAGCUUGGGCUACAACAAGGCAAACUACAGCAGAGACCCUCUGUUACGGAACAGGCUUGGGCUAUAUCACAUUUUUGUGUCAUGGUCUCAUAAAUGAGAUUUGCGCAAGGAGACUUGGAGUGGGUUUUGAGAUUACUUGCCUGCCAUGUCAUCCACCUUCUUCCGAAGGCAACCUACAAAUUGUCAUUGGAACAAGGAACAAAAUGAUUCAAAUUCUCGUGCUCAAUACAAGCUCGCAGCUCCAGUCCGUCUUCGUGGUGCAGCUUGAAAAUACAGUGCCCAAGUCUGUAGCAUUCAUAGAUAACAGAGCCAUCUAUGUCUUCGGGCUGUAUGAUGGCAAAUUCAUGAAACUGCAGGAUGAAGAUGGUACUAUAGUGCAAGAGAUUAGCUGUAAAUCACUGAUUGGCAACGCAGUGGUGUACCAAAAGUGUGGUGUUUUUGUUGUAGACAAUGCAACAGAUGGCUUUACGUUGUAUCGUAUUGAAGGCGAGGGGGAGCCGGUUUAA